UUAAAUAUCAGAAAACUUAAUUACAUUUUGCUUUGUUAAUUAUUAUUUAUGGUAAAAUUCUGAUUUUGUUAUGAAGUAUGGAGAAUUAUAUGUUCAUAAAGAAUAUAGGUGAAGGCUCAUUUGGUAAGGCUGUUUUAGUUAAGAAGAAAAAUAAUGGGAGACAAUAUGUGAUUAAAGAAAUAUGUAUUUCUAAAAUGUCUAUUAAAGAGCAAUCAGAAGCUCAUAAAGAGGCAUCAGUUUUGUCUCAACUCAAGCAUCCUAAUAUUGUCAGCUAUUUAGAAUCAUUUCAAGGUAAUGGAAACUUAUAUAUUGUAAUGGAUUACUGUGAAUCAGGUGACUUGCAUCAAAUGAUUAUUAAUCAAAAUGAUGUUAAAAUUGAAGAAUCAAAGAUUUUAGAUCUGUUUGUACAGUGCUGUUUGGCUGUAAAAUACAUACAUGAUAGAAAAAUUCUUCAUAGAGAUAUUAAAACACAGAACAUUUUUUUAACUAUGAAUGGUAUAGUAAAACUUGGGGACUUUGGUAUUGCUCGAAUUCUUAAAAGCUAUAUGGAAUUUGUUCAUACAUGUAUAGGAACACCUCAUUAUUUUAAUUUAUAUAGCUCUAUGGAUUUUGCUCAUACAUGUAUAGGAACACCUUAUUAUUUGUCCCCAGAAAUAGUUGAAGGCAGACCAUAUAAUAGUAAAAGUGACAUCUGGAGCCUUGGAUGCGUCUUGUAUGAGUUAGUUACUCUUAAGCAUGCAUUUGAAGCUAUAAACAUGAAGAUUUUGGUGAUGAAGAUUAUAAGAGGUUCUUAUUCUCCACUUCCAAAUGAAUAUUCCUUAGAGUUAAAGUCACUAGUUGCACACUGUUUAAAGAGAAAUCCAAGUGAACGUCCUUCUGUUAAUACACUGUUGAAGAAAACUAUCAUUCAAAAUCGGAUAUCAAAAUUUUUAUCUAAUAAGAUCUGCAAAGAAGACAUGGUUCAAAUUGAAAAGUCAAUGCAUGUAAUUGAGAAAGAAUCUAUUGCUAAACCAUUAUUACAACCUGUUCAAAUUUAUGGUGGUAAAUUAUUAAGAAAACAAGGACUAGAGAAAAAAAACCAGUUCAAUAGCAAGAUUGACCCACUUAAAAAAAAGGGUAUUGAUGUGCGUGAAAGAAAGCGACUAGAAAUUCUGCAGCAAGAGAAUCAAUACCAACAAUAUAUGGAAAAAAUACGUAAUCAAAGAUGGCAAAAUAUUCAGGCAAAUCAAAUUUUGAAAGCUAGAGAAGAAGGUUGGAAAAAUGUACUUGGAAUCAAGGGUGAAAAAUCAAAUGCAGAUAUUAAAAAUAACCAAAGAGAAGAACAGUUAGAAAAUAAAAUGGAUUAUUUUUCUAAAAUUGAUAAAAAACAAUUCUUAGAUAACGAUCAAUUGUUAGUUAAUGAUUUUUUAAAAAGAAAGAAAGAUGCAAAUGAUUAUAAAAUGAGAAACAAUCAAGAUAAUUUAAUAAUGAAAGAAGAGAACCCAUUAUUAAAGUUUCACAAUGAGCAGAUGAUUGUACAAAAAGAAUUUUUUCACCCUCAAAUGUUUGAUGAAGCAAAAAAAAAUGAUGAAAAAAAUAAACAAGAGAUGGCAUAUCUGCAUCAAUUAGAAGAAAUUCGAAAACAAAAUUUUAUUGAAAGAAGACACAUAAAUGCACCUUCUGAACAUAUCAUGAAACCUUCUGAACAAAUAUCAACACAAUUGAAUCCUUAUCAAGCUGCAGAAGUUAGAAAAAAAAAGAUUCAGGCAUUAAAACAGCAAGUUCUUGACCAAAAACUAUGUUUACAAGAAAAAAUAUACAUUAAAGAAAAACGUUGUUUUCAAGAAAAAGUGGAAGAAACUCAAGCAACAAAAAAUUCAAGAUUCAAUGAAAAACAUACAGUUGAAAUGAACAACAGAAAUAGUAAUGAUUUUCUGCAUCUGGAAAAGGAGACAAUAAAGGAUAUUACACCUAAAUUACUUCGAUCUUGUUCAGAGGGUGACAUCACAUUUCUCAUUGCAAAAGACCAAGUCAAUAGAAAACACUGGAAAUGCCCUUCUUCUUUAGAUUUACAUGUAAAAUCUCUGGAAUGUUCUGAGUCUCUGAUUGAAGUGUCAUCACAACAUCAAAUUCAAAAUCACAUUGUGAAAAGAAAUUGUUGGCUAGCAGAUGGAAAAACACAGUUUCUAUUAGAAUUACACAACCGUGACUUCAAUAACACAGAUAAUUUAUCUGUUAUGGAUAACAAUUCUGAACAGCUCGUAAUAGAUUUGUUUGAUGUUGAAAAAAAAACCUCAUCCGUCCAUCUUGAAUUUAACCAAAUUGCUACUAAAUGCAAAAAUUAUAAAAUGGAGGUCUUUGAUUCACCAUGUUUUUUAUCUGAGAUUGAAGACGAGAUUAAAAAACCUAAAUUAAAACAUUUAUUUCCUAAUGACCAACACAGUUGUAAAGAAACGGAUGAAGAUCUUGUUUCAGACACAAAUGAGCAGCAAGAAUUGGUAAAAGAUUUUGAGAGUAUAAGUUUUCGAUUGGCUGAUGGGUCUUACGAUACUGAAACAAAGCUUCUCCGAACAUGCUCAUUGCCUAAUUUAAUAAAAAAAAAUUCGCCAGUUGAAUCUAAUGCAAUAUCAUACAAUAAAAAAAGCUUUUCAAAUAAUGAUGAAAUUACAAUUUGCAAUGAAAAUGAAGAAGAUUAUGAUUUUGAGCAUUUGUUAGAUUCUAUGAGAAGUGUACUUACUUAUACAAAAGAAGAAGAUUUUGAUGAGGAAAAAAGUAUAUUGCCUCAAAAUAUAAACUCAAAAACACUUAAUACAGACAGUGUUUUUUCUAAUAUUGAAGAAUUACGGGUUGAACUAGAAGACAAGCUUGGAUUUGAUUUGUUUCUUAAGGUCUACAAACUUGUUCAGGUAGUGCAGGAUGAUAAGAAGAUAGAUGAUAAUCAGGUAUCUAAUCUGUUAGCGGAAAAAGUUCAUCUGUUUGAAAAAAUUUUGUAUCUUGUUAUGGCUGAUACUAUUUAUUGUGAAGGAAACGACGGGAUAGAUAAAGAUUGCUCCGUUUAACAUUCUGUUGGUAAAAAAGACUUCAUAUAGAUCAAAAGUGUAUAAUAAAUAAGCAAAAGUGUAAAACUAUUUAAAAAAUAUAUGUAUAUAUACAGA